AUUUUCUCCCCAAUCGAAACGAAUACUCGUCACCAUGGAUCAGGCAAAGUUGGCUAGGAUGCAGGCGAGCGUGCGGAUUGGAGGCAAGGGCACUCCCCGCCGCAAGGUCAAGAAGGUCCACAAGUCGUCCGGCGCCGACGACAAGAAGCUUCAGACCACCCUGAAGAAGAUGAACGUCCAGCCCAUCCAGGCGAUUGAGGAGGUCAACAUGUUCAAGGAGGACGGCAACGUCAUCCACUUCUCUGCCCCUAAGGUCCACGCCGCCGUCCCCUCCAACACCUUCGCCAUCUACGGAAACGGCGAGGAGAAGGAGCUCACCGAGCUCGUCCCGGGCAUCCUCAACCAGCUCGGCCCGGACAGCCUGGCCUCCCUGCGCAAGCUGGCCGAGAGCUACCAGAACCUUCAGAAGAAGGAGGGCGCCGACAAGAAGGACGAUGAGGAUGAGGACGACAUCCCCGACCUGGUCGAGGGCGAGAACUUUGAGAGCAAAGUCGAGUAAUUUUUUUUUUUUGGAAAUCUUGCGGGAAAAAAAUGGAUAUAAAUCUAGGAUGAGAAUGAACCCUAUGCUUCCUUGAUACCACUUCCGAAACAAAAAAAAUUCGAGAGAAAA